GCCAACCUUCCACCCAACUGCAUCCUGUGCGCCUGGUGCCAGAAGGUGGGCAUGAAACUGUUCACGCUCAAGACGACGAGUGGUAGCAAAGCAUUCUGCUCCGAGCUGUGCUUCACACAGUGCCGGCGCGCCUCCUUCAAGAAGAACAAGGUGUGCGACUGGUGCAAGCACGUUCGCCACACGGUCAACUACGUCGACUUCCAGGACGGCGAGCAGCAGCUGCAGUUUUGCAGCGACAAGUGCCUCAACCAGUACAAGAUGAACAUCUUCUGCCGCGAGACGCAGGCGCACCUUCAGAUGCACCCGCACCUCCAGGACGCCGCCGCGGCCUGCAAGGUCGCCUCGGGACUCAUCACUCCAGACCUCUGGCUCCGGGAUUGCAAGAACAGCCAGCCGUCCGGUGCAAUCAACGGUAACGACGACUCGUCUGAGAGGGAGGACGACCACAAAAGUCCUCCACCUCCUCCUCCAGUGCUUCCGGUGCUGCCCCCGCCACCACCAUCGUCUGCGGCGCCGCCUCCUUCGAGGCAGUCACAGCCGUCGCCGGAUUCCGGAGCCAGCGGAGACCCCGUCAACCUUUCGCAGAAGCCAACGCACACCAAGCCGUCCUCCUCCAAGAGACGUCGUUCCCUGAGGUCCUCCCGAUCUUCGCACGCGAGCAGUUCCCAAGAUGCCUGCGGCGUUGGCUCCUCGUCCUCCGGUCACAAUCACCAGGCGCACACCGCACGGUCGCCCACCAGGGCCACCAGCACAACUCCGCUGAGCAGCCCCGGGGCGUCGGGGAGCUCGACGCACCACCUCAACGGUCACCACCCGCCGCCGCCGCACUGUCCGGGCAGCCCGCCUCCCCUAGCACCCGUAAUGCCGCCCCUAACACUGCCAUGCAGACCCGGGGCAGCACUGCCGGACCCGGGAGGAAGGCCGUUUCUGCCUCCUCCACAUCCAGCGUUCCACAUGUUCCCUCCAGUACCGCCGCCACCGCACUUGCGGAUGCACUCCAACAGUGCCGCUGCGGCCGCUGCAGCUGCAGCAGCGGCCGCGGCAGCAGCCGCUGCCCCAUCCGCUGCUUUACCGCCUAUGCGCGCCUUUCUACCACCUCCGCCUCAUUCCGCCGCCGGUCAUCCGGCACCGACACCCCCGACAGGGGUCGUUCCGCCCAUGGGUCUGCACCGGCCGCCUCCGCUCGCACUGCCGCCGGCUCCGAAUCCUCUGCUCCCUCCUCCCACGGUCAUGGUGCCGUACCCAAUAUUCCUGCCCAUACCCAUUCCCAUUCCGAUCCCCAUACCACUGCCACUCAAGUCUUCAAGUACGUCCGUUACCGCGCUACAGCCUCCUCCUGCGUCGUCAUCCUCCUCGACGCCAGCGCCGCCGCCACCACCGCUGCCGGCGAGGGACCAUCACCAUCAUCGCCACCACCACCACGCCGGCGGCAAGAAGGGGUCGUCGUCCGAACACCGCCUCCGCCGGCACGAGAAGCGGCGGCUGCGGAGGCUGACUCCCGAGCACGAGGACAUGCGCGACUCCGUGGACACGGAGGACGAGGGGAGCCCCGGAUCAAGGUCGUCGCAGUCUUGCAGGGCGACGCCCCGCCACGGCACUGGCACACUUCAGCUCAGGAUCGUCAGGAGCCCCCCGGUCACGGAGCAGGACAGCAAGAGACUUCUCGACGAAGAGGAGGAGGGAAGGGACGCUAAGAGAAAGUGCCCGCGGGACUAAGCUCCGGAACGCGCGAAAAUGAGACUCUGCGCUUAACUGGCGCAGAUCGCGUGGUUCAAGCCUAUCUGUGAUGUGCACGUCUCAGUUCCUUCAAGUAUGCUCCACGGAACCGGUUACCGAUAGCGCGGAUGCUUCCGAAGGACUCGCGUGGGUGGACCUUCUUAAAACGAAACUUCUAGUGCUUGAUGCCGAUCGCGGGGUUCAAGUCUUGCUGUGGUGUGCACGGGUUAGUUCCUUGAUGCCGUGUUGUGCAGUUCCGGUUCCUGUGGGCCUUCGGACAAACGGCACAGCCAUCUGCCAAGGAACCACGUACACGGAGUGCAUCGCACAGUCGCAGGCCGGACACAUAAGAUUGCUACUUUUACAUAAACUCGUUAUUGUGCCGUGCUCGUCAUCAUUGGACAAUGCUACAACGCGGACAGUAGCGAGCUGCAUGCACAAGAGUGUUAUAAUUGUUGAUGGCCUAUCCGGUGUAGAGUCCUUUACGUUGCAAAUUUAUUGUUGUGCGCAAACGUUUAUUAGUAUUAUUAUAUGUCAUUUAUUUCGCAGUCACUGUCAUCUUAAAGAAAAGUUAGUCGUCUCUAGAGAAAGGCGCGUUCGUUGCCUGACUCGAUUCUAGUGCUCUGCAAAACUGAAUGAAAGUGAUCUCUAUAACAUGACUUCCGCAAUCGCAAUUGUGAAGAACUUAAUACCAUGAGCUGUGCGUACAAUACAUCGUGAAUACCAUCUUCACCAGGAGCCUUAGAUGUCCGAGUGGUGUCGUUGGUUCAGGGCAUCAUCAUUAACGAGCAAAUAAUAUUAAAGAAUACCAAAGCGAUUUGCUCUAUGAUUAUCUGUAAGGUAUGUCGGUAUGAGCUACUAGCCUGGAAACUGCCAGCUUCGGUGAUCACGAAGGUGAUUUUACACUCGUUUACUUUCUUACGCUCGAGGCACAUUUUCUUUUAACACGAGCCCUUCUGUCCAUCUGUCUACUUCAAGACAGCGCCACAUGCGUGGGCCGGUAUGAAAUUCUAAAUUUCAUCUCGUUCACAAAAGGCCAAUGGCGUUUAUUUGUUUAUUCAAAAGUGUGUAGAGUGGUUUGCGGACUUCUGUUUGCUAAAUGUUGGUCAAUGAAGUUGGAGAGGUUGUGUUCUCCGGUAUACACUUCGGGUUGAAAAAGCAUGUGCUGAUCAGGAACGCAGUUGAUGCACGUGCUCUUAGUCCCGCCGAACAUGACGUUGCAGAAAGUACAUGGCAUAACGACUUUGGUUGCAGCUAAUAUGGUGCCGUUAGGGCAAGAACAGCCUACCUUCUUGCAAACUAUGUGCGUUGUGAAUGAGCGUCCAUUGGGCCUUGGUGUGUGGCCAACCACGAUUUUCCCUGGACGCGAGCGGUAGCUGCAGUUGGGUACUGUUGGCGUAAUCAUAAUUUGCUGCAAAAGGACAUCCCGCCAUGAAGGCUGAUUUGCUGCAACUUUUCUGCUAUCGAAUAGGGUGUCUCAUUCCUACAGUGGCAAGGUGGCACCAUGAUCGAUUUGUGUCUUGUUUUUCUUCUUUUCCUCUUGUAGAGCUUCUGAAACCGUUCACAUGUAUGGUAACAAACAGCCGUAAGCUUCACAAGCCGCCAUGCCAUGAAAGAGCCGUUCAGUCGAAGACAGUCAUGCAGUUCUUUUUUGUAGAAAAGUUCUCUCAUAUACGUGCACGACCAUGAGAGACCACGAACAUUGUUGUUUGUGUUUUGGGAGGUGAGCGUGGUGUUUUGUCACUGCACACUUGCCGUUGAGCCGGCCUCGGGGGUUGCUGCGUUAGCAGUAGCGCAAAACUUGACUACGGCGAAAUCGGAACGAUAUUGCCGCACUUGCACACUGCGUGAAUUUUUUUUUCUUCUUCGCCUGCACCCAGCCAUAGUGCAGGCGUCUUCGCGAGUGCCAUGAAUCCUGUCGCAUAGAUUGACAGUGGUGGGCACAGGGAAUUCGUCAACGCUGUACAGUCCCACUGUAAGCCGAAUGCCGAUUAGAUUGUACGAGAGCUCCUCUGAUGCCAAACAGAGUAGUCGGGAACAAAUUAUUCCGGCAACACCAUUCCGCGAGGAUGGGUCAUUACAUGUAAGAUAUAUAAUCGCCUAAUCUUUGUGCAUACCAGGUUCUUUUUUUUUUUACGAUCAUCGUACAUUUUCGAAAAGCACAAUUAGGCGAAUGGAUUCAGCUACAAAGCACACUUCGUGCCUGCCAACCGCUACGUGAAAAAAAAAAAAAAAGUCUUUAUAACGUGAGGACCGUUCACAUUCAGUAUAGCGCUAUUCACUAUUUAUGCAACACAAUUUCUCUGUGCCAGGAGUGCUUUAGCGACGCAUAUUCGAAGUAGCGUCAUCGUGUCGCGCUUUAUGAUCGCACACUGUUUUCUGUGCCCACCAUUGCCCACCCAUGCACUUGCAGCUCUUAUUUUCGUCUGUACAAAGGUGUACAGCACCAUAUACGUGCGUUGGUGCUGACAUUGAAAACUCUAUUAUAUAUAAACUUUGUUCAAAGCAGCGUCAAA